CAAAUUAUCAAAUCUAUUUUAAUUUUUAAUUUAAAUUUUACUAUCUAAAUAAAUAUUCAACCAACGAUUAAAUAAAUUCAGUGAUUUCAAAACAAAUUAAAAUUUUUGAAAAUUAAAAAAAUUAAAAAAUGUCAAAAGUUUCUAAUGAUUAAUCAACAUUAUUAAAAGAAAGAGCUAAUUUUCAUUAAGAAACUUAAGGCGAAAACUAGCUUUAAUAACAAUAAAAAAAGUAAUGGUCGCAUGAUGAUUUCUAAAGACUGAAUUACAUUUCUAAAGGAUAGUUCGGAAUGGUGUGGAAAAUGAAAGAACUAAAAAGUGAGAAAAUAGUAGCAGUUAAGUAGAUUAACAAAGAAGAUGUGAUAAAACAAAAUAUGUACACAAAUCUAAAAAGAGAAAUAGAAAUUUAAUCUCAUUUAAUGCAUAAGCACAUUAUUGAAUGCUAUGGGUAUUACACAACUGAUCUUAAAGUAUUCAUUAUUCUUGAAUACGCCUAAAAGGGAAGUCUAAGUGAUCUUAUAAAACUAAAGUAGCUCAAUUUUUUAUCAGAAUAGCAGAUUGCUAAAAUUAUAUAUUAAUUAGCUACUGCACUCAGCUACUUGAGAGAGAGAAAAGUAUUACAUAGAGAUAUAAAAUUAGAAAACAUACUUAUAGACUAUAAUGGAGAUGUUAAACUUGGUGAUUUUGGAUGUUCUGUUAUUGAUUUUUAUUAAAAAGGAAGAUCUACAUUUUGUGGAACUGUUGAUUAUUUAAGUCCUGAAAUCCUUUCCAUAAAGUAACAAGGAGUCGAAGCAGAUGUUUGGGCUUUAGGAGUUGUUUUUUAUGAAUUGCUAUAUUAAGCUCCACCUUUUUAAGGAGAGGAUAAAUUAUAAAAAAUGAAUAAUAUAUACGACUAAAAAUGGUCAUUUUUAGACAAUUAAAGACAAAUUUCAAACCAAGCAAAAAACCUUCUCCUUUAGCUUUUAAAUCCAGAUAAGGAGAAAAGAUUUAAACCGCAUUAAAUUAUAGAGUCAGAAUACAUUAAAAAGUAUUAUGAUCCUUCAGUUUAAAUAAUUUGAAAAAUACUAUUUAUUUAUAAUAAAAAAUACUACAAAAUAACAAUAAGCAUUGCUAUAAAAUAAAAAAAACUUAUUGGAUAAUUAAUUCUUUUUUUUGAACAUAAAUAUAAAAAAUACUCCCUAAAUAAAUAAAUAAUAAAUUAAUUAUAAAAUAUAACAAUUUCAAUUAAAAAUAAUAAUUAAUUAAUAAAUAAAUAAGUAUAUUUUAUUUUACAAUAUGUAUAUUUAUUACAAUAUAAAUAUCAGCAUUUUUAGAUCAAACUAUUAGAUUUAUCAAAAAAAUAAUUAUUUGC